AUGUCAUCCAAGCGCCAGCGUACCUCAGGCGAGGAUUCGUCCGACUCCCCCAUCCUUGACCAGAUCGCCACCCUCACUGCUCCUCAAUCCCACAAGCUCCUCACCAAGCUGCUCCAAGCGUACCCUAGCAGCGAAAUCUUUAUGACCUCCUUCAUCGCAGACGAAAACAGACCUCGCGCGCCGCGGCCCACGGCCGACCCCGAGCACCAAUUCCGCGUCGGACUUUACAAUGUCAAUACAGCUGUCAAGCUCGCGGCGACCUCCCACGUCACUCCGGAAGCCCUCUUGCAGGAGCAGGUCACCGCCAUCAUCCCGGCGCUCAUCAUCGUCGUGGUGGACAUCCACAAUUGCGUCACUCAGCGCGGGUGCGACCUGGACAUGCGCACAGCUGCCAUGUCGACGUUGAUUGAUCUCGUAGAGACACUCAUGGAGGGAGGGGCCAGCGAGGAUUAUGCUCAGGCGCUUAUGGGGCGGAAGGAGGUGAUAGCACACGUGGUGGAUACGAUGAAGCAGACGCUGGAGAUGAAGAAGGUCUGGGAGGACGAGGUGGACGAUUGGUACAGGGAGCUCAAAAAGCUGCACAAGCGUGCAAAGGUGUUCGGGGUGAGGGACUUUUUGGUCUUGAGGCGUCAGAUGCAGGAGGACAUACCAUAUCUGAGUACGACUGCGGUGAACUCGGCGGGCGAGGAUGGCUCGGGUGAUGAGGAUGGGGAAUGGUAG